GGCCUGGGGACAGCGUGGGGCAGCCCUGAGGCUCCCUCCAUUUCCCGUCUCUCCAGGAUGAGAGAGGUUUGGGUCCGGCUUUUCCCCUCUCCCUGUAGUUGAUAGUUUUGGAACCAGAGGUGAUGCUGGAGUCAAGAUGGCAGACAGCGUGAAAACCUUCCUUCAUGACCUCGUCAGGGGAAUCAAGGACUCCAUCUGGGGCAUCUGCACCAUCUCCAAGCUGGACGCCCGCAUCCAGCAGAAAAGGGAAGAGCAGAGGCGGAGGAGAGCGAACAGCGCGCUGGCCCAGCGGAGGUUUCACAUGGAAGAGAAGAAGCAAGAGAACGAACCCCGGAUAGUCAGCCGGAUAUUUCAGUGUUGUGCCUGGAACGGAGGCGUAUUCUGGCUCAGUCUCUUCUUGUUUUACCGCGUAUUUAUACCCGUCCUUCAGUCCGUCACGGCACAGAUCAUCGGUGACCCUUCCCUUCAUGGCGAUGUCUGGUCCUGGCUGGAGUUCAUCCUCACCUCCAUUUUCAGCGCCCUCUGGGUCCUUCCCCUCUUCGUGCUCAGCAAGGUCGUCAACGCCAUCUGGUUUCAGGUGA